AUGAAACCGCCGACGGAGCCUCGCAAGGACCAACUCACCUCCAGCGCGAGUGAUCUCGCUCCCUCGCCAAAACGACGGCCGCCAAAACUCAGACCACCAAAGCCCGCAAAGAAGUCUACCCCCGAGGACAGACCAAACGAGGCACGCGAGCAGAGAGAAAAUGGAGUUCCAGAAAGGUCGUCCGGUCCCUCUGACAGCUUUCCGAAUGGCGUCGCCUCGGAGUCAAGUCUGAACAACCCCAGCGACAAUUCAACGCCUGGAGAAACGCAGAUGUCCCCCCAGCCUAUGCUCCAGCACCACCGUCAACGAGUACGCCGGAAGUCGAGCCAAUCCAUGGAGCCAGGCCAAGAUCAAGUGCUGGAGCGUGAACAACAAUCCUCGGAAAGUCCAGGAACGCAGCUACAAACCACCCGCGUCCGACAGAUACUCAGCCCGGAGGCUACAACUCAACAGGCUGUUACCGCUCGGAAUCAGGAAGAUGCGCUGUCAGGGCGCACCAUUUCCAAUCCAGCUAACGCGAAUACCGGCGAAGUGGUAGAAACCACCGAAGCCGUAUCAAAGAAAGGAGGUGAUCAACUGCGACUGAGGCUGGAUUUGAAUCUGGAUGUUGAGAUUGAACUGAAAGCAAAAAUUAGAGGGGAUCUUACUCUGCAGCUCCUGUAA